UAUGUUCAAAAAUUUUUAUAGUGUUUUAACAAGUCGUAAAAGUAGUUCUACCUCAAGCUUACUAGAAGCUACCUCAGAAAAUAGCAAAACCUUUGUAUCAAGUAUGGGUCAAGCUACAUCAACUGAAUUUUUGACAAUUAGACAACAAGAUGAAAAUUCAGAAGAAUAUGGAAAAAAUGCUGGUAAUGUAAUUCGAACAAGAACAUCUGAACAACCUAACUCUGCUUGUAUUACUUCAGGCCAAGCAAUUGUUGUACAUGCCAGUGAAUUACCAUCUUUAGGAAUAGCUGUAGGGCUGUCUCCAACAAGAGAAGAAUCAGAAGAUAUAAUUUGUCAUUCAGAACAAAAUCAAGAAAUUCAGUCAGCAGCAAUAGUAGAAAAUUCUCAAAGAUAUUCUACAAAAAAUCCAAAUAUUGUUGAAUGUCAAUCUCAAAAUGGACGCUCUAAUACAACAAAUGCAAUGAGUGUUAGUGUUCCAAAUUUAUCAAUUAAUACUAAUGCAAAUGACUGUAAUGUCAGUUUGUUGGAAACAUUUGCUGCGACUGCACGCCAUCGGGGAGAAAGUGGAACUAAUAUUAGUAGCAAUUCGUCAAUAUUCAGUCGUGGUUCUAAUAAUGUUGGAAGUCUUGUGCGAUUGGCUCUUUCGUCGAAUUUCCCAGAGAUACUUGCUGACCUACUAGGAGAGCUACCGGUUGGUAAUGAGUCAUCAACAGACUCAUCUGCUCUUACCAAUCAUCUUGCACCAGGAGGUUCAUUAAGUACUGCACAGAGCUAUCCUAGUUUAACAGGGACAACUACUAUACCAACACUUUCUGGAAGCCAGUCUGUAAGCACCAGCACAGCCACAUCAGCUACAGGAAUGACAUUUGGACAAGGUCUCACAAUGAGCUUCACAACAUCUACAUCAAGUGAGAGCGAACAGGAUUUCUUAGAAAGUUGUCGUGCUACUACAUUGUUGGCAGAUCUGGAAGAUGAAGAGGAACUGCCUGAUCCAGAUGAUGAUGAAAAUGAAGAUGAUGAUGAUGACGAUGAUGAUGAUUAUGAAGAUGUAAUGGUAAUACUCAAUUUAAUUAGUAAAUAUUAUUACAUAAUAGUAUUUUUAUAGGAAGGUUUUCCUUGGACACAGUUUUUAGAUUCUAUGAUGAAAAUUACAUCUGUAUAUAGAAGUGAAACACAUUAGUUAGUGAAUAUAUACUGGGUGCAUCUAGGUAAUAAGCAGCUAACUAAACAAGCCAAUGAUGAGUUUGCUUGCUUUAUCUAGGCACACCCACUGUAUGGUCUUAUUUUACUUGGUAAUUGUGUGUUAGUAAAUACCAUGUAAAAUGAAAUUCAGAUAAAUUUAUGAUCCAUCUCAAGUAGUCUUAGUUGAUUGCAUAGACACUUAUGUAGCUAUUUAUAAUUAACAGAAAAAUGUUAAAUGUGUUUAAAAUAUUUUACUUUGUUUUUUACUAUAAUAAAUAACAUUUUAGUUUUCUGUAUCUGAAUAUACAGAACAAAAUUUUAUUAUAUUGUAUCAAGCACACUAUUUGAGAGAAAUACAUGCAAACCAGAGUGUUCAACAUAGUGAGUGGCAUUUAGUUGUUUUCUGUUUGGAAUGUCAGAAGCUGAAGAAAUGUGAUUUUGAAGACUUAAAAGUCCGAUUUGGUCACACUGAGAGUAUUGUGUAUCGAUGUGACUCUUUUAAAAGAACAUAGUUGUGUAUGCUGUUAAAAUAUCUUCAGGUCUUUCCUUAAAUUUCAUUGUACAAAUCAGAAUGCUAUUGUAUUUGUAAAAGAAGUCUACAAGGAAUUUUGCAUUAUGCAAUGUUUGCCUAAGAUUUUUUCAGGUUGAGUUUUUUUGUCCUGGAGUUCUUUGUUCUGAACUUUGCCAUAUCCAUCAGAAUUUAAACAAACAAGCUUGUUCAGAUUAUUAUCCAUUAAUAUUGCUUUCAACCCUUCAGUUAACCCUUUUACGAUGACCUGAUGAAAUAUUGUCAGUUCAGCUUAAGUUUGAAACAUGCGACUUGAUGAUAUU